AUGAGUGAACUCAAUCUAGAAUUGAAAAGACCAAUUGUUAUAUGUGGUCCAUCAGGAUGUGGAAAAAGCACUUGUAUAAGAAUGCUUAUUAAUAGAUAUCCGAAUUCUUUUCGUUAUUGUGUAUCUCAUACCACUCGACCCAGACGUCCAGAUGAAAUUCAUACAAGAGAUUAUAACUUUGUGUCAAAAGAAGAAUUUGACGAAGCAAUAAACAAAGACGAAUUUAUUGAAUACGUAAUGUUUUCUGGACAUUAUUAUGGAACAAGUAAAGCUGAAUUGAAAAAAGCUGAAUUGGAGAAACGUGUCUGUUUAAUGGAUGUCGAUAUACAAGGUGUUGAAAAGUUACAGAAAACAAAUAUUAAUCCACUUUGUAUUUUUAUACGUCCUAGAAGUUUUGCUAUACUUGAGAAACGAUUAAGAUCUCGUUCUACAGAAAGUGAAGAUAGAAUUCUUCAACGUCUUGCAGUUGCACAUCAAGAAAUGCAGUAUGGAAUAUCCGAAGGGACUUUCGAUGCCGUUAUUGUCAACGAUAAUGCUGAUAAAAUGGUACAAGAGGUUGUUGAUGUGAUACGACAAAAAUUGAGCAUUUAA